CUUAACACUUAAACUUAAAUCACGCGAAAAGAAAGUGAGAUAAAAUAAUAAACAAGUUGCGAAAUAAAACCAAAUACUCUGUAUUUAAGACGAGGUUACAGCUGGAUUAUUCACACUCAAGCACCAAAUACGUAGUUAGCUAUGCGGUACGUUGUCCGUUAUUGUGUUGCCGCCAUCGUGUUUACCAGUGCACGUGGAGCAGUGUUUGACGAUGAAACGGAACAAGACGUUGUUAAACUUAUACAGGCCACGUUAGAAUGCCGUCACGUUCCGGGUAUGACGGUUGGCAUCUUCAAAGAACACGAUACAUGGACACGAGGGUUUGGGCUGGCUGAAUUAAAGAGUGGACGGCCUGUUGACGAAAACACAUUGUUCAACAUUGGUUCUGUAACUAAGUCAUUUACCAUGGCUCUGCUGGCGAUCCUGCUUAAAGAGAACAAAUUACAGUGGACGGCGAAGAUAUCCGAUAUUCUUGGCUCAGAGUAUGGGUUCAUUGACGACUAUAGAACACGGAAGACAACUCUUCGAGACCUUUUAUCACAUAGGACAGGCCUAGCCAACCCUGACAUUGGCCUGAUGUCUGGGUUCCCACCAUCUAUAUCGAGGGAAGACCUUUGCAAACGAAUGAGGUAUCUCCCAGAGCAAAUCCCUUUCAGGGACUCCUUCAUCUACAACAAUUACAUGUACAUGUUACUUGGCCACGUCGCAGAAAAGUUGGGUGGAGAUACAUGGGAAAAUCUUGUGACGUCACGAAUUUUUAUUCCCCUUGGAAUGAAGUCAACUAAAAUACUGAACAAGACAUCAGAUGUGCUUGCAAGUGAUAUGGCGCAUCCGUACAUAUACAAGGACGACUUGUUCGAGAACUCAACUUUAGAUAUUUAUGAACUCCACCCGGCGGAGCCAGCAGGAGCCAUAUUGUCGUCUGCAGAGGACAUGGCGCGCUAUUUACAGUUUGUCUUAAACAAUGGGAAUACAACGACUGGGGACCAGCUGGCAGACCCAAUGCUCUUCAAUGAAGCUUUCUCAGCUGCCAUUCCUGUGAAGAGAGGGAAGGUCACCGUGUCAAAACCCACAUUCCCCAUAUCUGACGUGCUAGUCGGAUAUGGAUACGCGUGGUUCGAGAGUAGCUACGAUGGUUACAGAGCGGUGUGGCAUAGUGGAGGCUUGUGGUCUUACAUAACGCUAGUCUGGUUGUUCCCGGAGGAAAAUAUAGGGAUAUUUAUUAGUACAAAUGGAGGCAUGUUCAAGGAUUACCAGUCCAAAUCGUUGACGACAACCAUGUACUAUCUGGCAGACAGAUUAUUGGACAAAGAACCACGGCUAAACUCAUCAACUGCCUGCUCUUUUCCUCUACCUUGGAAAGAAGUUAAUGAGACGGAUUCGAGGUUGACAGAAAUUAAUGCUUUCUGGUCGGACAUUUCCGAGUACACCGGAAUCUACGGAAAUGAGUUUCAACCCGAUUUCAUAUUAACUGUGAACGGAAGUUCACAAACGCAGCUUAACUUCGAAUCGGGAAGACUCGGGGGAAAUCUCUAUUCAACCCAAGACGAAGAACGAUUCUUGAUGGAGAUAACAUACCCAUGGGAAUUUUACAUUCCGCUUAUGGACCAUAACAACGUUACGACAAAAACAAACGUGACCUUUGUUCGCGAAGGUGGAAAAGUGACAUCAAUGAACAUAAACCUUGGCACCAAUAUUACAUUUACAAAAGAUGUUUCCAUGUUAGACGUUAUACCCCGAAACACUAACGGAAGUUGUAGGUUAUUUAGCUCAACUUGUUUGGUAUAUCUGUUAGUUUGCUGCGCUGUGUGGCUACUGUAAAUUGGCUUAUGGCCAAAAUAUAAUCAGCACAUUUAAAAGCACACACGUUUUAUAGAAUCAUGAUAAAUGUGUUGUUGAUGCGCCUUCAACUGUAACGAUACAACAUUAGGUCGUGAUGUGAAGAAUGAAUAGUGAAUGCGUUUAAAGUGAAAUCAUCUCUACAAAAACAUAAACCCUUUCGGCGCCAUUUUUCUGGAAUUCUAAGAGAAUUUACCAAGGCAGUUUACUUGACCAAAACUUUUUUAUAGAAAUUUUCCUUUCAAAAUUUCACAGUAAAGCAUACACAUUAUAAUAGUGUGCUCGUGAAACUCACAGACAAUAAAACAAUCGGAAACCAUCUAACAUCUCCGCCAUUUGACGAGCCUCGGAUGUGAACCGGUGCAUAAGUGAAAAAUAAAAAUAAAAAUAAUAUUAUUAAUUUAUUAUGGAAUUUUAGAAAGUAUGUGUUAUCACUUGGAUCAAAUUGAUUCCCAUUUGAGUGAAUUAUUGCAUAAGAUGUUUUUAGAGUCAAAUCUUAAGGCUUCAUUGCUAAAUCAACAAAGCUACGUCCAUGUACUUUUGAGGUGUUUUCAAUUGAAAAUGGCCGACGUGCUCCGAUUGACAACAGCAGUAAGGCCUAUGCUUCGGCGCCUGUUAUUUUUGUUUCAUAUGCGAAGUUCAGUAUUUACUCCUUCUCCGUGGGACUUUAAACAACACUUCUUCCGGUCUCCAGCGGAAACGGGAUUGACUUCAAAUUACUUCAGUCUGUGGUAACAUUGAACAGAAAUAGUGACAUAAUGAUUAUAUAUACAUACAAAGGACGGAACAUUGUCAGUGUGAAAUAUUAAGCAAAAAGCAGUGAAAUCAUUCUGUGAUUUCAUUCCAGAAGAUAUAAUAUGCAGUUUAAAGCGUUUGAAAGCUAAGCAAUCAUUAUGAUAGAAGAUAUUGUCAAACUUUUUUUGCAAUCGCAUCUGCACUCAUCAACUGCCUGCUCCUUCCCCUUACCUUGGAAAGAAGUUAAUGAGACAGAUCCGAGCGUGACGGAAAUUUCUGUGUUUUUACCGGACAUUUCCGAGUAUGCCGGUAUCUACGGAAAUGAGUUUCAACCCGAUGUUAUAGUAACUGUGAGUGGAAGUUCACAAACGCAGCUUAACUUCGAAUUGGGAAGAAUCGGGGGAAAUCUCUUUUCAACCCAAGACAAAGAUCGAUUAUUGAUGGAUAUAACAUACCCAUGGGAAUUUUACGUUCCACUUAUGGACCAUAACAACGUUACCACAAAAACAAACGUAACCUUUGUUCGCGAAGUUGAAACAGUGAUAUCAAUGAUACUAAACAUUUGCACCAAUAUUGCAUAUACAAAAGAUGAUUCCAUCUUAGAAGCUAUAUCUCGAAACACUAACGGAAGUUGUAGGUUAUUUAGCGCAGCUUGGUUGAUAGUAUAUCUGUUAGCUACAUGCGUUUUAUGGCUAUAAUAGAAUCAACACAUUUAAAAACACAAACGUUUUAUAGAAACAUGAUAAAUUAAUGUGUUGUUGAUGUGCAUUCAACUGUAACGAUACAACUGCGUCUUGAUGUGAAGAAUCAAUUUAUUUUGCGUUUAAAGCAAGAUCAGCUAUAAAUGGUGACAGUAAAGAAAGAUUUUCAUAACGAGCUUAUAUAUGUCCAAGACUUCAAAAUAAGAAAAUUUUACUGAUUUAUAAUAUAUGAACCCUUUCAGCGCCAAAUUAAUAGUAAAAAAAAUCCUCUCUUCGCGAAAUGAAUUUCUGGAAUUCUAAGAGAA